CCGAUGCAUACUUUAUUCUGCCAUACACCUUCUCUUAAAACGGCAAACUGCAUGCCUCGCCUAUGCUCGUAGUGUCCGCAUCUUGACUAUGUUAUGGAUGUGCUCUGGGGUUGGGUGAUGGGAUCCCGCCCCAGCUUUGACCACCCGGCGCGGAACAACUAAAAAAGUUCGGCAUCGCUCCACCCAGGACGGCCAGCACCGUGCCAACGCGUGCACCUCAAGCAGCCCGCCAAACCCAACCCUAAUUCCACAAUGUCAACAUGUAAAUCCCUCCUUCGGGCAUGUCCAUCGCAACGGACUACUCCAUCGCUCCUUCCCCUCACGCAAUGUCGUUUCGAAUCCACAACCCGGCGGCACAGAAAACUGCUCGCACUCCCCGAAGCACCAUCCUACACACCCGACCGCUCGGCUCCCACAUUGGUCUUCAAUCCCCCGUCUUCGGCGCCAAACGUCUAUCACACACCGCUCAAGUUUCUGCCCAAGGAAGAUAAGAGAAGACAGUUAUACGCUGCCGCUCAACAAUACGCAACAAAACUGGCGCACACACGGCAAUCCUCCCACAUCGCAGCGCCCGGCACACCACUCAACACAGACAGUUUCCUUCCACCGCGCCCUUCUGCCUCCCUGCCUGCGCCUGUUCGACAGCCAUACGAGAAGACCUACCAUCUCAACGAGAAUGAUAUUGCUGAGAUUAGGAGGCUGAGGAGUCAGGACCCGGAUACAUGGACGCGGGUGAAGCUGGCGGAGAAAUUCGGUUGCAGUCAGUUCUUUGUGGGUAUGGUUGCUAAAAACGAGGGCAAGGCGGAGAGGGUAAACAGGGAGCAUGAGGCGGCAAGGAGGAAGUGGGGAACCAGGAGACGAGAGGCUAGGGAGGACAGGGGCAGGAGGAAGGUGCUUUGGGGGAGAGACGCUUAGGCAAUUAUGCAUGCAGUUAUUCGUUGUUGAUUCUGUAUAGGCAUCUACACCAGACAUGGAUCACAACCGCGGACUUUCAUGCCUUCUGGGGCAGGGUGACCUCAAAUCUGGGUCAUAGGGCACGAACACACUAUGGAUAUUGCAUACGAUAUGUGUAAACAGUAUAGAGGGACAAUUAUAUUUUGAUGCAUCACGACUUUCGCCAGCCUUCUGAUCAGCAACCAUAUGUUGAUGAUCGCCAUUCCUAGACGUAUG